ACAAUAUGACAUUUAUAAAAUCCAUAUUCAUACAUUUUUUACUCUUGCUUUCAGUUAAAUUUUGUGUGCAAGCAACCAAUCUGGAGAAUAAUGCCUGCACAAGUUUGUGGUCAUAUCCUAUAAAAGACAUCAGUCCAAAUUGCUUUUACAAUCCCAACGUCCUGUCUACAACGCCAUUGAUGAUAAUUCAGAAUGGUUAUGAGGUUUUCACAUAUUAUGUCACAACUCCGGAUGGUUACGUUUUGGAAAUAUUUCGCAUACCGCCUAAAGAAGAUGAUAAUCGAAAAAAUAAACAACCCAUUAUUUUAGAGCAUGGAAUUUUUGUUGAUUCAGGUUCUUGGAUCUUUACAGGAAAUGGAUCAUUGGCAAUAACAUUAGCUUCAAUGGGUUAUGAUGUUUGGUUAAGUAAUCAACGGGGAACUCGUUAUUCGCGUACCCAUAACACUCUUAAUGCCGCAGGGUAUGAUUAUUGGCUUUACAGUAUCGAUCAGGUUGCAUCUAACGAUGUACCAACGAUUUUAGAAAAAGUGGCACUAGAAACAGGCAAAUCUGGUUCGAUUAUAUACAUAGGGCAUUCGAGAGGAAGUACUCUAAUUUUUAUGUACGCUUCCACAUUUCCACAAAAAACAGAGAAAUUACUUAAAGGCAUUAUUGCUUUAAGUCCGGUCGUUUAUUUGGACUUGGAUUGGUAUCUGAAGCCACUGGGAAAAUUAGGACCACUCAUUGGAAACAUCCUUUUAAAACUCGGUGUUUCCGUUAUAAACAGAUAUUUUGAAAUCACAGUUAAUUUGUUGCAGCAUAUUUGCAGAUGGGUCCCUUAUUUGUGUAAGUUUGCAGCAACACUUUCUUCGGGCAGGAGUAAUCAUUUGCGUCCGGAAGACUUACUAGCAUAUUUUUCUCAUUAUCCGGCAAGUAUAGCAGUCAUGCAGUUAAUACAGUAUACACAAAUCUAUAUUUCUGACAAAUUCCAAAAAUAUGAUUAUGGUUUGAAAAAUCUAGAAAUAUACAAACAAGUAAAUCCUCCGGUUUAUCAUUUAUGUAAUAUUACAACUCCGGUUUUUAUGUUUUACGGCAAACACGACAUCGUAAUCAAAACUCAGAAUGUUGAACGAUUAUAUAAUGAACUCGGAAGCAAGAAGAAAAAUUUCACAAGUGUUCCGUCUUUUAGCAAUGAAGAUGACGAACAGUUUGGUCACAAUGAUUUUUUUUGGACUAAAGACUUAGAUAAAUAUCUCUAUAAGGAUCUGUUCGCUGUGUUGGAAAUCGAAUUAAGUACUUAGUUCUUUAUCCUAACGAAUGGUUGAUCUGAAAUAGAAUGUAUACCGGAUUCACGAAAUAUAGAACUUUUCCCAUU